GUGAAACGUUUUGACAGGAGAAUAUCGUCGAUAUUUGGUAGAAUUUCGCAUGAUUGAAAUUGGAAUAGUUUGGUGAAUCAGCUCUCAAAAUUGAAACUACCUUCCAUGUUCAGAAUACAAACAUGAAUCUAAGCUCUCUAAGAAAAAAAGUUGGAAAUUUCAUUGCUGGUGAAGAAACAGGAAACAGUUCAAGACCUGAUUCUGGUACAUAUUCAGACAAGAACCACACUCCUCUUCCUGUAGAUCCCUACCUUUAUGCAGGACUGCGAUAUGAAUACUGUUUUAAUACUAUUGAGGUGUUGACUGUUGGAGAAAGCACUAGAGGUUUGACUGGAACUAAGACAGUUGUAUCAUCUGAUAUCACUUCCAAAUAUGGUGAAUUAAGCUCACCAUACAGCCAAGGAUUUCUAUUGGUGGAUUUCAACAAUGUUCCUGGUAUUGGAAAAAUUGGAUGGAAUUCGAGUGAAAGUCCUUUUCAGGCCAUAUUUAGUAGACCACUUGGGAUACAAGUUCAGCAUUCGUGGCAGCUAUUGGUAGUGAAGUCAAGCAUACGUACAUCAGAGCAUGCUGGGAUUAUGGACCAGAUGAGUGGAAGGAGUCAUGAAGUUGCAAACAAAUCAGAAAUUCUAGCUGCUAUAGCCCAACAAGCCGGAAGGGGAGGACGUAUUGUUUGCAUUGAACACACUGGACAAAAAAGGACUUCAGGAAUGACAAAGAAUUUGCUUGGAGGAAGUGAUGAAACUGGUUGUGAUGUAUUUUUCAACAUGCCAAUGCAUGAGAAUCCUAUUUUAUAUACAUAUCAACUGGUUAAUGUCCCUGUUAAAGUCAUGAUGUUUGGCCCUGGUCAGUUAGUAAAAGUCUCGUGUGACUGGAUGAAACAUUUCAAUGUCUAUCUACAACAAGGCUGGAGACUUGCAGAAAUUUUUUGGGAUCAGGGAAAACGAAGUCAUGGAGAUUUUACAUUCAGUGGAGAUCACAAUUCAGUGUGGUUCUUUGAAAAGGAGAAAGCAAGAUUAAAUGAUCCUACCCCAGUGUACCAUGGGACUAUCAUUGAAUACAAGCACACUGUCAAGAUUGGAUUUUUCCAGACAAAAGCUAAAGGAGACUGGGCCCCAAUGAUCUCUGAGAUGGGCCGUAGAGGAUGGGAAUUGGCAUGUAUGCUCGAAACACCAGAAGUAACUAACGUAGGACUUGGAACCAUUACAUACAAAGUGCUUUUUUUCUUCCAAAGAAAGAUUGUGUUUGUUCAAAGUCAACAAGGCUUAUGUCAACCUCCUCCAUUCCCAUCUAGUGGUGCACAGGGACAUUUUACCCAGUACCCGCCUUAUGCCGGAGCACCCGCUCAAGGGCCCCCACCUCCAUAUAGUGCCAACGACAGACCACAGCCAAGCGCACCUUUUUUUCCAGAGAAACACUAGUUAUUUUUCUCCCGUUUUCAUUAUAUUAAACGCACUGUUCAGAUAAGGGACUGCUCAAUAAGGAGGGGGUCUCAAAGAGCUGUAGUGAAUGGGGAGAUUUUGGGUCCCGAAUUAUUUGUUGAGUUUUGCGUUCAGUUUCAAAGUUUGGUGUCAACCUAUUUCUCCUUCACUGAUUAAACUGGAGGUUGCCACCUCCAACUCUGAAGUCUAUGUCCCCUCUGGAUUCUCAACCCCCCUCUGAUAAAUAUUGCGCAGUCCCUAAUGGAAUGUGAUAGAAUGGUUUCCAUUUACCCGUGAAUUACACUUUUGUAUGUUGUGCGUUGUCUCUGUACUGGCUUAUAACACUUAUAUAGUUUGACUACUGCACUUUAUUCACGGGUUAAUGAAAACCAUUCUAGGGAAUAGAUCCAAAGGAUUAUAUCUUUUCUAUUAAAUAUAUAUAUAAUAGUCAUUAGCAGAAAUUCUGACCGCUGACCUAUUCCACUGAUCUCCGGUGCAUUAUGGCUAUUAAUAAUGUAUGCUAUUUUCGCUCUUUUCUCAAAUACUUUUAAGUUAUGGUUACUACACAUUAUUCAAGCAUAUUCUGAAGUUUUGUGACAAAUUAACGAUUAAUCAUUGUUUAACAACCCUAUAUAUUGAUAAGUUUAUGGUAUAAAUUAGCGGCUAGAAUUUCUUCAAUUGGCAGUCCACAAGGACCAACUAUCACGGUCAAGAAGCAAACGCGCAAAAUGAUUUUGUAGAUGCUUGUGCAGAAAAUCAAGGAGUGUUAUUACAAAUUUUUAUUUUCGGAGUAGUACAUUUUUAUUGGAACACAGUUGUAGGAAUUUUAACUGACAUUAGCCCAAACCAUGGGCCAAUCACAAUCCAGCAUUUACUGGUUAGUGAACUUGAAUGUUCUGUUGAUGUUAGACUGGUUGCUAAGCGAACAUAGUCAAAAAAUAUAUUUGCGCUCCAAUUUGAUGGUGCGAUUACUGACGGAUGAACUUCGUUUGUAAUAAUUUCAUCAUAUUUUGUAGAUAACUUGGCAAGUUAGUAAAACAAGAAACUCAAUCACUAUGA